CCGCCAUUGGCUCCCGCAUCGCCGCUCGUGCCGCCCAGCCUGAGGGGGGGCAGACGCGCAUAGAGGUUACAGCUCCCAGCAUGCAGCGCUACGGCAUUUGACUUCCGCCGUCAGGCUCGGAACACGUGACCGGAAGGGCGUCGCCUCUUGGGAAAGGUCACUGGGGUAGGUAGGGGGCUGAGGGCGGGGGGAGCGCGAGGCGUCCGACCCGGAACAGCAACCGACCCCGACGUCUCUGAGACGGCCCCGGCAGCAGGGGCAAGAUGGUCUCCGCCAAGCAGCUAGCGGACUUCGGCUACAAGGCCUUCUCCGGCUCCAUGAUGCUUCUGACCGUCUACGGGGGCUAUCUCUGCAGCGCCCGAGUUUACCGUUACUUCCAGCGCCAAAAAGCCCUGAAGCAGCUUGAACAGAACCAGCUCCACCCAGGGGCCGUGGAGGACUGAGUGCUGCUCCCGGGCUGAGAGACACUGAAUGAGCAGCGCGGAGGCUGGGUUGGGAUUACUUCUGCUGCAGUAAUCAGGUAGCAAGUGCAACCCUUCCAGAUCACAGAUGAGGGCUAGUUUAGAUCAUCCGGGGUUUUCCUCCCGCACACUACGGUGUCUUGUUUCUCUGCACUAGCGAGAGGUUACAAAGUAACUCUGUGUAAGCAUGUUUUGAUCAUGUGAUAAUUAAAUAUUUUACUUAUUUA